AUUAUAUUAUAAAUUAAAAUUAAAUACAGAGCUUAAAAUCAAAUCAAAUAACUGAAAUUGUAGGUGUGUAGUCUAGAAACCCUGUCCAGCCUCUCCCUCUCAGCUCGGUCGGCACCGUCCUCACCCUAUGCGCGGCACGGAUGCAGGCCUCCCGGCCCUCUCACCUCUCGAUCUCGGCGUCUCUUCUUCCUCAGCUCAGGCGCGGCGGAGCCCUCAACCCACCCCCUACGAGGCCGCGCGUCGCUGCCAGCACUCUCCCCUCCCACUCGGCCCUCCUCAGGUUUUCUUUCGUCAUUUAUCGGUGAUAUUUCUUUAUUUUCUUUUUUUCUGAUUUAGUGCUUUAUAACUAUAAGAGCAUCUCAAAGGAGGGCCUUGGUUCGAUUUUUUGCCAUGGAUCUUGGUCGGUUCGAUUUUGGUUGAUUUUACAGAUUUUGAUCGGUCGAUUCGGUUCGAAUGCUAUCAUGGGUUCGAUUUCGCUUUGGGUAGAUAGGAUCGGUUCGGUUUAGAACCGACGUACAAUCGUGCAGUAACGCGGACACGCUAACUUAGCUUCUAAGGCUUGAAAUUUGGGAAUUAAGGCAAGGGUAAUUACGUCAUUCCCGCUCUCGAGCAUCAAAAACCGUCCCAUUCCGUUUCAAUUUAGGCAUCGCCGAUUGCGUAGAGCAAUCAAUCCCAAUUUCAAGGCGAAGAGAAAUCAUCUGUUGUUUUCGUUUUACCGCAUCCCUCCCUCAAUCUCAGUUCGCAGCUAGAAUAAUGGGGCUGCUCUCAAAUAGAAUCGGAAGGAGCAGUCUAAAGCCAGGGGAUCAUAUCUACUCGUGGCGGACUGCAUAUAUCUAUGCUCAUCACGGUAUUUAUCUUGGAGAUGAUAAAGUUAUACAUUUCACCAGACGAGGCCAAGAAGUCGGGACUGGUACCAUGUUAGAUGUCCUGCUGGUGAGCUCAGGACCGAAUCGAUCAUAUGUGCCGUGCCCCACCUGUGUCACAAGAGACGAUGCCCAUGGAGUAGUCUCGUCUUGUUUGAACUGCUUCCUAGCUGGUGGUAUUCUGUAUCGGUUUGAGUAUUCCGUCAGCGCUGCUCUUUUCCUUGCAAAGGCACGCGGAGGAACUUGUACUCUAGCUGUCUCGGAUCCUGAUGUUGAUGUGAUCCAUCGAGCCAAGUAUCUGCUCGAAAAUGGAUUUGGAUGCUACAAUGUGUUCAAGAACAACUGUGAAGACUUUGCAAUUUACUGCAAGACGGGAUUGCUUGUGCUGGAUCAGAGUACAAUGGGACAGAGCGGGCAGGCCGUGUCCAUUAUAGGCGGACCUCUUGCGGCUGUAUUGUCUACACCUCUGCGGCUCGUCACCACCAACAUCUAUGGGAUGGCGGCUACUGCAGUUGGGGUUUAUUGUGUCAGUCGCUAUGCUGCAGACAUCGGCAUGAGGAGGGAUGUGGUAAAAGUUCCUGUUGAGGAUCUCACGACAAGGCUCGCGACAGGUAUGCUUCAAGUCCUUGAACCGAGCCUCCCUGCUGCACCGGCUCUUGCUCAUUAGCAUCUCUGCUGUAAGCCUUUGCUGAGAGAUACAACAGAGAAGAAGAGUGAACAUUAUUUAUCUUCGCCUUUUAUAUGGUUGUAGAAUGUGGUUUGUUGUUUAAUUGUAUUAUUGCGAGACUAUGUUGUUCCUUGGUUUUACUAGCACAAGAAAUGACAGCAUGCAUGCUACCUCUAUCCUAGUGCAAAAGAUCAUAUUUAUGUGUAUUAUUUCCUAGUUUUUGGUAAUAAAAAUAUAGUAGUAUUGUUCAA